AAUGCAAAGAAAAAUCGCAGCCACUGUCCUAAGCCUCUGUUUUGUUUCUGCCUUGUUUUGUCUCCCCUCCCAACAGCUGAGCACACCCCCAGUCUUUCCCGAGCACGUGGGACCCCCCGAGGCACCUGCCGAUGUGCUGACGUCGUCGCUAUGGGCAGACGGGGCCCGGAGCUUCACUGUGGUCCCGGCAGCUCCGAUUUCAAAUUAUAACCGAUUUCCUGCGCCGUUGCUGACGUCCGGUGACCCAUGUCAGAAGUACUUCCAGCUGGCUCAGGCGUGGGCACCCGGGCGGCGUUUAUGGCCAGCGGCAGCCCCGCGGACGUUUCCCAUCGGAGCGGCCCGGCCACACCACCCAACACCCUUCUCCUCCGCUCCUCCCACAACGAGCUGCUCAACGCCGAGAUAAAACACACCGAAGCCAAGAACAGCACGCCUCCCAAAUGCAGGAAAAAGUACGCCCUCACUAACAUCCAGGCGGCCAUGGGCCUCUCGGACCCGGCCGCCCAGGCCCUGCUGGGCAGCGGCUCUGCCAACAUCAAGCUGGUGAAGAAUGGGGAGAACCAGCUCCGGAAGGCCGCGGAACAGGGGCAGCAGGACCCCAACAGGAACGCGGGCCCCGCCGCCGUCAUCAACAUCACUUCUGAGAAGUUAGAGGGGAAGGAGCCUCACCCCCGGGACUCCCCGGACGGCGAGAUUUUGCCCUCCCAGCCCCGGAGAACUAAGAGCUUCCUGGAUUACUAUGCAGACCUGGAGACCUCCGCCAGGGACCUAGAGCUGGGCCAGGGCCACGGCCACGGGGCUGGGGAGGACAAGCCCCAGCCGGGCCAGAGCCAGGCCCCCACCGACGUGGGCCACGGCGAGUCGCUGCUGCAGAAGCCAAACAAGCCCCAGGCCAGCCCCGAGGACGGCCCGGCAGCCACCGUGUCGUCCAGCCCGGAGACCAAGAAGGAUCAUCCUAAGACAGGGGCCAAAACGGAUUGCGCCCUGCACCGAAUUCAGAACCUGGCCCCCAGCGACGAGGAGGAGUCCAGCUGGACCACCCUGUCCCAAGACAGCGCUUCCCCCGGCUCCCCGGACGAAACAGAUCUGUGGAGUGACCACUCGUUUCACACCGAUCCGGACCUGCCUCCCGGCUGGAAGAGGGUCAACGACAUCGCCGGGACCUAUUACUGGCACAUCCCCACGGGGGCCACCCAGUGGGAGCAGCCCGUCUCGGGCCCCACAGACCUCCAGGGUUCCAGGAAAGGCUCGCUGAGCUCCGUGACGCCGUCUCCCACCCCGGAGAGCGAGAAACAGCCAUGGAGUGAUUUUGCUGUUCUGAAUGGGGGAAAGAUUAAUAGUGACAUUUGGAAGGACUUGCACGCGGCCACGGUGAACCCGGAUCCCAGUUUGAAAGAGUUCGAAGGAGCUACGCUACGCUACGCAUCUUUGAAGCUCAGAAAUGCCCCGCAUGCAGACGACGAUGACUCUUAUAGCACCAACAGCGAUCCGGAAGCCAAGUGCUUCGCCGUGCGCUCUCUGGGGUGGGUGGAGAUGGCGGAGGAGGACCUGGCACCGGGCAAGAGCAGCGUGGCGGUCAACAACUGCAUCCGGCAGCUCUCCUACUGCAAGAACGACAUCCGGGACACCGUGGGCAUCUGGGGAGAGGGCAAGGACAUGCACCUCGUCCUGGAGAACGACCUGCUCAGCCUGGUGGACCCCAUGGACGGCGCCGUGCUGCACGCCCAGCCCAUCGUGAGCAUCCGCGUGUGGGGCGUGGGCCGCGACAACGGCCGAGAGAGGGAUUUUGCUUAUGUGGCAAGAGACAAAGACACGAGAAUUUUGAAAUGUCAUGUAUUUCGAUGUGACACACCAGCCAAAGCCAUCGCCACGAGCCUCCACGAAAUCUGUUCCAAGAUUAUGGCCGAGCGGAAGAACGCCAAAGCCCUGGCCUGCAGCUCCUUGCAGGAGAGGACCGGCGCGGCCCUGGACGUCCCGCUGCAAGACUUUCCAACACCAAAGACGGAGCUGGUCCAGAAGUUCCACGUGCAGUACCUGGGCAUGCUGCCUGUGGACAAGCCGGUCGGAAUGGACACCCUGAACAGCGCCAUAGAAAGCCUCAUGACGGCGUCCGACAGGGAGCACUGGCCGUCAGUGGACAUGAACGUGGCGGACGCGACUGUGACCGUCAUCGGCGAGAAGAAAGAAGAGGAGGUCUUGGUGGAGUGCCGCGUGCGGUUCCUGUCCUUCAUGGGUGUCGGGAAGGACGUGCACACGUUCGCCUUCAUCAUGGACACCGGGAGCCAGCGCUUCGAGUGCCACGUGUUCUGGUGCGAGCCCAACGCCGGCAACGUGUCCGAGGCGGUGCAGGCCGCCUGCAUGUUACGGUACCAGAAGUGCUUGGUAGCCAGGCCUCCUUCGCAGAAAGUCCGGCCACCUCCACCACCAGCAGACUCAGUGACCAGAAGAGUCACAACCAAUGUAAAGCGAGGGGUCUUAUCCCUCAUUGACACUUUGAAACAGAAACGCCCCCUCACAGAAGCACCGUAGCCGCACGUGGGGAAGGACUCUGGCAGUUACCUGGAGACUCUAAGGCUACACUACAGAAAACGAGCUGGUGUCUGACCUUCCGUUGUUGCUGAUGCUUUGUCUUCAGAGAAAUUUAUCCGUAACCAGACAGUGUUAGACAAGCAUGUUCUCGUCUUGCCACCAUCAUGUGAUACGAAAAGAAGCAUGAGUAAUUUUUUUUGCUGUAAGUUACACCAUGAGCAGUGGAAGGUCUUUUUCUUGUAAAUAUUGCGAACAUCACUUAACUUCACACACACAGGGAAGAAUGUGGCCACAUCCCUCCUAGGGAACUGCCACUGCAUCCUGGGAGUGAGCGAUGCCUGAGUUAGUGUCACUGUCGUCUUUACUGCAUCUGUCACGGGCAACCUUUAGGUUCUACAGCACUUUGCCCUGUUUUCAACAUUGGAAUAGACACUGCGUAGCAGAUACCAUUGAACUGCUAUUAAAAUAGGAUGGCGAGUUUUUGUUUCAGUUUUUCAUAAAAUUGAACAUGUUGUCUGUUGGCAUCAGUAUAGAAACCAACUGGCAGCAUUCCUUGACGAGCUCUCUGACACAUGGAACCAUUUCAUGUCUACAGCUGUUUGUGGGAUAUUGGAAAAAAAUGAAACUUUAAAAUUGAUGAAAACUAAAUUUCAGGAAUUAAAAUUGAACAAAAACUAGCCUUUCUUUUUAGAUGGUUUUCAGACUCAUUAUUUUAAAAAAGGAGAUUAACAAUAUCAUAAUGCAUUUUGGGUAGGACUUAUUUCAAACUUCUGCCUUAUAUUGUACAGUACAGCUAGAGAAUUAUAGUUCACUAUGGCCAUUCUCUAUAUAAACAUUAAAAUGGAAUAUUACUCAUAAACCUUUCAUCCUUAGUUUGAUAAUUAGCCAAUAUGCAAUUUGAAGUUAAGAAAAUGUCAUUUAUAUUUCUGUCAUACACGAUUAUUUUAGAUCUUUAUCACCAUGUUAUUUUUAUUAGUUUACAUGCUAGAAAAAAACAUUCUGCUAGAAUCCUGCAUCUAGCUCGAUCUUACUCCAGUGCUUUUUGCCCAGAAAGCUGUCUGUCCAAUCAUGUAUUGUCCAUGGCAACAAAUUGCAUUAAGUUGAACCUGUCUUGAAUUUAUGUAUUUAAUGUUAGAAUUUGUUGGACUUAACUAUAUAAAUUUUAAAAUUUAUAUCUUUUCCAUUUUACUUUAAAGACUUAAAGAUUUCAUAUCAGAGCAAAAUAUACAUAGGGAUAAUGGACUAUUGAACAAGUAUCCCAAAAAUAGCAUUUUCCUGCAUUUUAUGUAAAUGAAAAACUGUGAAGACAUACAAAUUUAGACUCUUGAUGAUGAUGUUUUAAAAGGAAGUAAGGAGAUUAACUUAAUAUUAGUCUUUAUUUUUAAUGUCAAAAUUAACAUUUACAACAUCCAAUUAUAAAAGCAACACUUUGUUUAUACUCUGCUAUGGACUUGUCAGAAUGGUUUCCACGUUUUUAUCACAUUUGAGCCUUAUCAGGUAGAGAAGGAACAAACACUUGGGAAAUAAAAACAGAGAGUACCAAGAGGCUAACUCAGCCGGCCUAAGAUCUCACCAAAGUUAACGGGAGAACCGGCCUAGGGCCAUGUCUCCCAGCCCCCGGCUCUGACUCUGCCGAUGAUGCCGCACGGCUGUCAGGAAGAGCCUUUCCAGAAUGACUCUGGGCAUAGCAGAGAACAGCAGGCAGGGAAACACUGCCGGGCAGUCUUAGAAUCCCCUAGAUAAGUGGGGGAACUAUGUCCAAAUUACUUAUGCAGUGGCAUUAACAAUUAAACCAUUGCCCUCUCUCCGUCCAGGACUGUUUUCCUGCAGUGUGCCUCGAUUGUAUUGUAGAGGACAAGAUUCUGCAUUCAGUGGUAGAUAGCCCGUUCAGUCUAUGAGAUUUUUCCAGAGAUGACAUUACCCAGAGAUAUUCGUAACUCGUGGUGCUUAGCACUGUAGACCAUGACGGAAAGAGUGGGCGGCCUUCUACCUGCCAUUCCGUCUCAGAGCUCAGGGGGGUGGGCUGAAAUCAUUUGCUGCUUUAGAAAUGCAUUAUACGUUUUACCAGUUGAUAUACUAUUCUAUCUGAAGUAACCAAGUGCCCAUCAUAAUAAAUUGUGGCAUUAUGAAAAUCCUUACUAUGCCCUUUGAAAAGCUGUUCAAAAUUCAGUUACGAUGAUUGUUCAUUUGAUCUCUACAGUUAAGCAUCUUAGUGUGAUAAACUUCAAAAUUCUAAACAAGCAGUCCACUUUUAUAUUGGAAAUCUCUACCAGAACCCACUGUUCAUUUUUUAAGGCAUAUGUUUGUUUGUUUUCAGGAUCAAGAAUCCUGAGCUAGCUUUAAGUAGCAAACUGAUUUAUAUAUGCAAUUAUAGGAUGCAUUAAGAUGAAUGAUAGCCUUUACAUAUUGAAAACUUUACUGCAGAUACUUUGUUUUGAAAAUGGCUUUGCAUACUAAAUGCAAACUGAUUUUGUAAAGUUAAUUAUGUUAAACAGUAUGUUCAGACACUUUCUGCCAUGGCCAAAAAGUAUGUAUGAGAGUAUGUGUGUAUCUGUCUGUGAAACAAUGCCCGUGUUUGACCUGCUAUCUUGGCAGCACUUCAGUUAUCUAUGCAUUCUUUAUAUGUGUGAUUUGGUAAACAGGCAGCCAUGUUCACAAUGCCUUGUGUGUCUUAUCAUAUUUUUAAUUAGCCUUUGAAAUACAGCUUAAAAUAUUUUUAUUUUAUUUAUUCUAUUUUUACUGAAAUAUACUGCAUUAUUGUGUUAAUGUAUUAUCUUUACUGGAUAUCAUCUCACAGUGUAUCCAGGCCUAAGUAAUCUCAGUGAACUAUAUAUUGCCUAAGGUGGUUUUGUAAUGAUUUAUAGUCACAUUUCUAUUGGAAUAUGUAGAAGAAAGGGCAUAAUGCUUAAAGGUCCUUUUAUUUUUUAAAAGCAGCUAGAUAGACAGACUUGCCACCUCACAUAUCUGCUCCUUGGCAGCAUCAGGGGAACAGCCAACAUGCCUGUGGCCAAAACUUUGCUUUGCAGACUAAAGCACUGCUUGGUGCUUCCUUUUUAUAUCCUUCACCACAUGUGUGCUUUCACCUAAGAGACAUACACAUGUCCACAUGCCCUUUGUUUCCACCUGAUAUAAGGUCACUCAUAGCAAAUUAGGACCAUUGUUUUUUGUCUGUCGUAUUGCACGAAAGGGACAUUAGACCCAUUUCCAUUAAAAUACAUUUUCGGUGGUAAACUGUGGCACUGCUACUUUUUUAAAUUCCACUUUAUGAUUUUUGGACGGACACUUAUAAAACUAAUCUACACAAGGCCAUUUCCUAGAAGCCACGAAACUUUCAUCCUCCUCUUGUACGGCACACUCAUUUCAUAGGCAUUGCACACAAGUUCAAGAUUUCAUCCAUAACAUGAAAAACGUUUCCCUGAUAUUAGCACAAUUUAAUAAAACCAUUAGCUCUCUCAUUGGCCAGGCUUAACCUAAUACACAUCUAACGUGUGUUAUACAGCCAAUAAAGAGAAGUUUAAUUUAUUUCAGCUUCAGGGCAAAGGUACCUGCUCACACUGUAUGGAUGAGAGCAUUCCCUGGCAUCCAGAGCAGCUUGUUUAUCCUGGAAGAAUGAUUUGUUUUCCUUUUUGCCCCUUUUACUGUUCACCACUUUACAUAUCUAAAUGUAAUUUGUUGUGAGAAUAAAUUUAGCUGCAUAAAA